AUGACUGAUGUGUCAGAAUCUCCUACUCGUAUGACUACUAGAGGUCAAAGAAUUAACUAUGCAGAACUAAACAGCUCGAGCAGUGCAAACCAAUACAUGUGCGUUCCCUCUUCCAAUAUCUUCGAAGAAUUUUCGUCGUACUUUAUUGCGAUUCUCACCCUGUCUUCAUUAACCAAUCACCAUGAGCGCUUCAGUGAAUCGUCAGAAACCAGCGCAAGUGACAGCGUUUUCCGAUCUCCUACUGCAAGUACUCGGGGAAGAAAACGCAGAACUACACACGACGAUGCAGCUUCUUUGUCCUCAUGGAGUGUGGUAGGUUUCGUUGCCCCUGUUCUCGCAGAAGAUCCGAAACGCGGCCGACCGCGUGGUGCCGGUGUAACUCGCGGAGCCCGUGGUGGUGGAGUAAGAAGGUCUAUCUUUGGCGAACAGCAAGUUGCCGGAGCAGCUGGAGAGAUUGAAGAAACAGGACUUUUUGGUGCUGUCAAGACCGGAAGAAACCUGGAGGUAUUUAACGUCUUUAUUCUAUUAAUAUAUGCACAAACUCCACCGCAAUCCAUUAAUUUUUUCUUCUAA